CGUGUCCGCGGCGGCGGCGGCGGCGGCGGGCCCGGGAUGCACCGGCGGGGGGUGGGGGCGGGGGCGAUCGCCAGGAGGAAACUGACCGAGGCCAAGUACAAGGAGCGCGGCACGGUCCUGGCUGAGGAUCAGCUGGCGCAGAUGUCCAAGCAGCUGGAGACGUUCCGGACCCACCUGCAGGCCUUUGCCAGCAAGCACAAGCAGGAGAUCCGGCGCAGCCCCGAGUUCCGGCUGCAGUUCCAGCACAUGUGCGCCGCCAUCGGCGUCGACCCGCUGGCCUCCGGGAAGGGCUUCUGGGCCGAGGUGCUCGGGGUCGGAGAUUUCUACUACGAGCUGGGCGUGCAGAUCAUCGAGGUGUGCCUGGCGCUGCGGCACCGCAACGGAGGGCUGAUCACGCUGGAGGAGCUGCAGCAGCAGGUGCUCAAGGGCCGCGGGAAGUUCGCUCAGGACGUCAGUGCGGACGACCUGCUGCGCGCCAUCCGGAAGCUGAAGGUGCUGGGCAGCGGCUUCGGGCUCAUCCCCGUGGGGGGAACGGUGCUGGUGCAGUCGGUGCCGGCCGAGCUGAGCAUGGACCACACGGUGGUGCUGCAGCUGGCCGAGAAAAAGGGAUUUGUGACAGUCAGCGAGAUCCGGGACAGCCUCGGGUGGGAGACGGAGAGAGCGAAGCAGGUGCUGGACCACCUGCUGAAGGAGGGCAUGGCCUGGCUGGACGCGCAGGCCCCGGCCGAGCCGCAGUUCUGCCUGCCGCUCUUCUCGGAGCUGCACGGGCCGGACGGCACGGCCGGGACCUGAGCGCCCCGGCUGGAAUCCCGGCUGGAAUCCCGGCUGGAAUCCGCCCCAGGAUCACCGGGAAUCCAUCCCAGAAUCCCCAGGAAUCCCGGCUGGAAUCCGCCCCAGGAUCACCGGGAAUCCAUCCCAGAGUCCCCAGGAAU